AUGCACAGAGAUUGUCGAAUUCCUGGGAAGAUUUACAAAGGAAACCGGAACGAGACAAAAGACGGGAAGGUGUGUAAGGAAUGGAAAAAGGAAACAUCAGAUGAGGCAGAGUAUGGUGAAAUGGUGAAAACAGAUACAAACUAUUGCAAAAACCUUUAUACAGAUGAACCUGUAUGUGUUCCCAGGAAGCAGUCGGAUUGUACCUCGUGUGGUGUUCCCAUUUGCAGUGACAAUCUCUGUGUAAAUGAUGGAUUUCUGCAAAAGAGGUACCAAUUCUUGCCCUUGCACAACCGGUUACAGUGUAUGUACAGAGAGUUAAGUUCAUUGCUGCCAUCAUCGCUGCUUCACUGUGGACUAGCACAAAGCCUUGUGAAGACAAUACAGCUCAAGAACAUACAAUGCCCAGACCACAUAACCAUGACCAGAGCUCUGACAUUGCACACAGACGACUCCAAAGAAAUGUUUGAAAAAUAUUGUAAAAUCCCUGAAAUUAGUUAUCUUGGAACACAAAACGUGACAGAGCGAGGGUUUGAGUGUCAGGCAUGGGACAAACAGUACCCACACAGACACAGCUACGGAUCCUACCCCGGGGCUCGUGAGAAUUAUUGCAGAGAUUUUGAUUCUGACGAACCGUGGUGCUUGACAACGAACAGAAAAGUGGUCUGGGAUCGGUGCAUAGUGCCUUCUUGUGGGGUAAAUGUGACAGCGAAUUCUUCCUCAUGUGCGUCUAUCGAUGAAUUGGAUAUAUCUGAACUGAAGAACGAAAGGAGUUGUGGAUCCUACUGCAACUGGAUUAGAACAACUAUAAAUGACGCAAUAACAAAAAGAAAUCUGCAAAAUGGACGUACAUGUGGAAUUCGGGACAAGAAGAAAAUAGUUCGUAAGCACGAGCAUCUUCUUCAAAGGGGCACCUAUACACCAUGGAUGUGCUCCAUCUCAAUAUUUGACGGCAAUAAAGAUGAUUGCAUUACCCCAGAACAUCAAGACCCGGGCGUUCAAUGGAACAAGGAAAUACUCAUUGUGGUUGGAAUAUAUCUUAUGUUGGCAAUUGUCAUCGUUAUCGCCGUCAGAAUAAACCGGAUGACGAAAAGGCUAGAUGUCGAGAUCAAACAGAUAGAAGCACGGAUCCAGCGUGAACUGUUAAAUAUAACUUGCAUGUUGUUGCAUCGAGAGUUACAGCGUAUGGUUCGACGAAGGCUUCGACAAAGGUCAACCAGAUACCAAUCUAUUGCAGAGGAUCACUAUGAAUUGACCCCGAUUGUGAACGAUCCAUAUGAACCUCCUCUUCGAAGAUCUGCAACAUUAGCAGAAACAGAAUACCAAUAUGUUGCUCCAUACGAAACUCCCAAAGAAGGCUGUUUUUGUAGAUAUUGCUUGGACCAAGCUGCCAAUCAUCCCCCAAACAGUUUACCAGAAGUAGAUGGAGCGCAUGGUACAGCAAGAGCAUAUGACAGUCUGCAAGGAAUUUUCGCAGAGAAACCCUUCCUUGACAGAACUACUUCAGAGAAACAUUCGCAGUAUUCUCUUCUCAAUAACCCGCCUGAUGUUUACUUGCUAAGCGGCAAAACAAGAGCACUGAUCCAUAAUGAUCACUCCCAAUCCACAUAA